CGGAUUUCUUCUGGGUCCAUUUUUAGCAGAAUCCAAAGGGGUAACAUAACCCAUUUUGGACGAUUUUUCCGAAAUGCUAUUUUCUUUCGAUUUUGGAGGCUACAAAUCACUGAUUCGGCUCGAGUCUAUUCUCCACCGAUAAAAAAGUCUAUUGAUCCUAUUCUGCGCCGAUGAUUAAGUUAAUUAAGCACCGAAUAUGGCCAAUAUAUUUUGGGAUGGCAUUUUCGUAAUUAUUUGUGGAAUUUUUUUUUGAAAGGCCAUUUUCCUUGGAUUUUGAAGGAUAAAGAUGGUGGAUUCAGCAAGAGGCUAUUCUUCAACGACGAUUAAGUCCAUCCAGGGCCAAUUUUGGCGGAUUUCUUCCGGGUCCAUUUUUGGCAGACUCCAACUGGGUACCAUCACAGAUUUCGGGUGAUUUUUCCAAAAUGCCAUUUUCUAUCGAUUUUGGAGGCUACAGAUCACGGAUUUGGCUCGAGGCUAUUCUCCACCGAUAAUAAAGUCUAUUGAUCCUAUUCUGCGCCGAUGAUUAAGUUAAUUAAGCACCGAAUAUGGCCAAUAUAUUUUGGGAUGGCAUUUUCGUAAUUAUUUGUGGAAUUUUUUUUUUGAAAGGCCAUUUUGCUUGGAUUUUGAAGGAUAAAGAUGGUGGAUUCGGCCAGAGGCUAUUCUUCAACGACGAUUAAGUAUAUCCAGGGCCAAUUUGGGCUGAUUUCUUCCGGGUCCAUUUUUGGCAGACUCCAAAGGGGUACCAUCACAGAUUCUGGGUAAUUUUUCCGAAAUGUCAUUUUAUUUCGAUUUUGGAGGCUACAGAUCACGGAUUUGGCUCGAGGCUAUUCUCCACUGAUAAUAAAGUCUAUUGAUCUCAUUCUGCGCCGAUGAUUAAGUUAAUUAAGCACCGAAUAUCGCCAAUAUAUUUUUGGAUGGCAUUUUCGUAAUUAUUUGAGCAAUUUUGUUUGAAAGGCCAUUUUCCUUGGAUUUUGAAGUAUAUAGAUGGUGUAUUCGGUCUGAGGCUAUUCUUCAACGACGAUUAAGUCCAUCCAGGGCCAAUUUGGGCGGAUUUCUUCCGGGUCCAUAUUUGGUAGACUCCAAAGGGGUACCAUCACAGAUUUCGGGCGAUUUUUCCGAAAUGCCAUUUUCUUUUGAUUUUGGAGGCUACAGAUCACGGAUUCGACUCGAGGCUAUUUCUCCACCGAUAAUAAAGUCUGUUGAUCCUAUUCUGUAGGGCUGGUAAUCGGUUCGGUUACUGGUUAACCGGUAACCGAUUAUCCGGUUAACGGUAUACCGCCAGCAUCAAAAUGGAAACCGAGAACCGGUACCAAUUUCUAACCGGUUAACUGAAUAACCGAAUAGCCGGUUACCGGUUACCACCGGUUAUACCGAGAAACCGAGAGGGAGUGCGGAGAUAUCUUUGCUUCCUCUUCAGUCUUCUCAUCGCUUCGUCUUUCUCUUCUCCCUUCAAUCCGACCAACACCAGAUGCUUCUUCACCUUCUUCUUUCCCUCUUCAUCAACAACCAACAUUCUCUCCUCCUCCCUCCCAUCCUCCGCCAAAGCCAAUCUCCCCACUUCCUCACCAUCUUCCUUCGACCCACCCCCUCAUCUGCAUGCCUCAUUUGAUUCCGCCGGAUCGAGGCCAAUCGACUCCCCGCUGUCGUUUCUUGGUCGGCUACUGUCUCGCCAUCCGCAUCGCAGCGGCAGAAGUGACAGAUUGCAUCGCAUGCAGUCAUCCGCGGAGAGAGUUCUGACUUUUGAGGAGGAUGAGAGGAACAUGGCAACUAGGCAAGGGAAUCGAUCCUUAGUUCCUUACCUAUGGAGCUCGAUCAGUCCUGCUGGAUCUCCACGGCAGUGGCGGGUGCUGGAGAUGAUUGAGGGAAAGAGGGCACGGCGUCGCCGGCGACUGGGAAGAGGAGGGAAGGACAGGGGAGGCCGGAGGCGAAGUCGCAGAGCGACGAACAAGGGAGGCGGAGUCGAGUCGGAGAGGCGGAGGCUGAGACGCGAAGAUUCGGAGAGUCGCAGAGAUGGGAGGCGCCCGGCGGAAUCGGAGUCGGCGAGGGAAGGGGUAGUUUGAAUCGGAGUCGGAGUCGUCGUCUCGUCGUCGUCUGUGUCUAUUCUGUCGAUGUGGGGACUGGAACUUUGAUUUUCAGUUUUGGAAUGGCGAAGAAUCGAAGUUGAAGUCGUCGUCUCGUCGUCGUCAGUGUCUGUUCUGUCGAUUUUGGCGAGGAAGACGGUUGGAUUGGACAAGACUCGACACCCCAGUGGUGGAUUAGGGUUGGGGCAUCCUGCAGAAACGUCGGCAUUUUACCGUCCCAGACGGUAUCGGUUUACCGAAUACCCGUCGGUAUUUACCGAUAAUGGAGACGGUAUACCGUGACCCACCCAAACGCUGCCGACAACCGACACCGCCGGUUAUCGGUUUACCGGUAACCGUUGAUUAUUGGUACGGUUACCGGUUAAACCGAUAACCGGAUAACCGUUUGUCACCCCUACUAUUCUGCGCCGAUGAUAAAGUCAAUUAAGCACCGGAUUGGGCCAAUAUAUUUUGGGAUGGCAUUUUCGUAAAUAUUUGAGCAAUUUUUUUUGAAAAGCCAUUUUCCUUGGAUUUUGAAGGAUAAAGAUGGUGGAUUCGGCCUGAGGCUAUUCUUCAACGACGAUUCAGUCCAUCCAGGGCCAAUUUGUGCGAAUUUGUUCUGGGUCCAUUUUUGGCAGACUCCAAAGGGGUACCAUCACAUAUUUCGAGCGAUUUUUCCGAAAUGCAAUUUUCUUUCGAUUUUGGAGGCUACAAAUCACGGAUUCGGAUCGAGGCUAUUCUCCACCGAUAAUAAAGUCUAUUGAUCCUAUUCUGCGCCGAUGAUAAAGUCAAUUAAGCACCGAAUUGGGCCAAUAUAUUUUGGGAUGGCAUUUUCGUAAUUAUUUGAGCAAUUGUUUUUUGAAAGGCCAUUUUCCUUGGAUUUUGAAGGAUAAAGAUGGUGGAUUCGGCCAGAGGCUAAUCGUCAACGACGAUUAAGUCUAUCUAGGGCCAAUUUAGGCGGAUUUCUUCCGGGUCCAUUUUUUGCAGACUCCAAAGGGGUACAAUCACAGAUUUCGGGCGAUUUUUACGAAAUGCCAUCUUCUUUCGAUUUUGGAGGCUACAGAUCAAGGAUUCGGCUCGAGGCUAUUCUCCACCGAUAAUAAAGUCUAUUGAUCCUAUUCUGCGCCAAUGAUUAAGUCAAUUAAGCAGCGAAUUGGGCCAAUAUAUUUUGGGAUGGCACUUUCGUAAUUAUUUGAGCAAUUUUUUUUGAAAGUCCAUUUUCCUUGGAUUUUGAAGGAUAAAGAUUUUGGAUUCGUCCUGAUGCUAUUCUGCAACGACCAUUAAGUCCAUCCAGGGCCAAUUUUGGCGGAUUUCUUCCGGGUCCAUUUCUGCAGACUCCAAAGGGGUACCAUCACUGAUUUCGGGCAAUUUUUACGAAAUGCAAUUUUCUUUCGAUUUUGGAGGCUACAGAUCACGAAUUCGGCUCGAGGCUAUUCUCCACCGAUAAUAAAGUCUAUUGAUCCUAUUCUGCGUCGGUGAUUAAGUCAAUUAAGCACCGAAUUGGGCCAAUAUAUUUUGGAAUGGCAUUUUCGGAAUUAUUUGAGCAAUUUUUUUUUUGAAAGGCCAUUUUACUUGGAUUUUGAAGGAUAAAGAUGGUGGAUUCGGCCUGAGGCUAUUCUUCAACGACGAUUAAGUCCAUCCAGGGCCAAUUUGGGCGGAUUUCUUCUGGGUCCAUUUUUAGCAGACUCCAAAGGGGUACCAUCACUGAUUUUGGACGAUUUUUCCGAAAUGCCAUUUUCUUUCGAUUUUGGAGGCUACAAAUCACUGAUUCGGCUCGAGGCUAUUCUCCACCGAUAAAAAGUCUAUUGAUCCUAUUCUGCGCCGAUGAUUAAGUUAAUUAAGCACCGAAUAUGGCCAAUAUAUUUUGGGAUGGCAUUUUCGUAAUUAUUUGUGGAAUUUUUUUUGAAAGGCCAUUUUCCUUGGAUUUUGAAGGAUAAAGAUGGUGGAUUCGG